AUGAAGACAACCCCCAUGAUGGCACUACUCACCAUUGGCGUAUCGAGCGCGUUCAACGCUAGUAUCCAACGCAAGACUACGUCCCAUUUCCAACGCAAUGCGAUGAAGAACGACGAGAACGGUCACGAUGUUGUACCAGUUACUUCCGCAUUCCGGGAUAUUGAUAUAGACAUUGACCGAGUGAAAGAGUGCACCGAGCACUUUGGAAAAUGCAGUGUCAAGGAAAUGAGACAAUUGAAGAACGAUCUUCACGACAAACGCAUCCAAAAUGUAGUAUUUGGAGAAUCAGGAGCUCCAGAAGCAAUUUUCGAAGAGAAAAUAUUUGAAGACGAACUGGAUUUGCAGCUUAGUUUGCUUGAAAACGAAGUGCCAAAGUCAUAUCUCUUCCCUGAAGUCGAAGAAGAAAUGGACGAUCUGCCACAUCUAAAGGAUGGAACUGUUGCCGCCAGCUUAAAAAAGAGCGUUGAAAAAGAGAAGAACAUUUUGUUGUUCGAAGAGCUAGCCGAAGAGGGAGUUCUAGAGUCCCUAGCUAUUUGCGGCUUUCUCGGGCUUGUGGCGUUUGCGCCGCAAGUUAUCUUCCAUUAG